AUGUGUGUGGGGAAGUGCAGCAGGAUCGUGGGGCCCUGCCUGCUGGUGCUGGGCACGUUCUCCAUGGCAGCCAAUGUCCUCCUGCUCUUCCCUGGUGGGACAGCCAAGUACCUGCUGGAAGGCCACAUCAGCAAGCAGGCCAAGGCCGUGCCGGGCGUCUGGGGAGGAGGUAUCAUGGUGCUGCUGGCAGCGACCUACACGGCAGCAGUGGGAUGGAGAUGCCCUGGCUGCUCCAACUGUGGCACCCGCAGCAACGCUUUCAUCUCUGCUGUGCUGUCCAAGCUGGCUCUCCUGGGUGCUGCUGCCUGCUUUGUCCUCUCAGGUGUGGGUUUGACCAAUGGACCCCUCUGCUUCUACAAUGCCUCUGAGUAUGGACAAGGUCUCCUCUGGGGUUACCCCUUCCUGGAUGUGGGUGGCCAGGAGGCUGAUGCCAGGGCAGGGAACUACCUGCACGACCGCAGCACCUGGAGCAUCUGCCUGGAGCCGGCGGGUGUCGUGGCUUGGAACGUCGUCCUCUUCUCCCUCCUGCUGCUCCUCAGCGCUGCUGAGAUGGUGCUGGCCUCCCUGCAGGUCCUCAACGGCUGCCUCGGCUGCCUCUGUGGCUUUUGUGAGGGCAAGUAG